AUGUCUCAGACCUUCACCAAGAGCCAGGUGGCCGAGCACAAGGACGAUAAGUCCAUGUACAUCAUCAUUGACGAUGGUGUUUACGAUAUCACCAACUUCCUCGACGACCACCCCGGCGGCGCCAAGAUCCUCAAGCGCAUGGCCGGCAAGGACGCCACCAAGUCCUUCUGGAAGUACCACGGCAAGAGCGUGCUGGAGAAGUACGGCACCAAGCUCAAGGUCGGCACCCUUGCUGAGGCUGCUAAGCUAUAA